AUGUGUUCAAGGCAACUUUCUCAAAAAGAGCUCAAGCUGAAAGAUGAAUUUGGAAAAUGUGGUUUAGAAGAAAUGUGUAUUACCACAGCAACACUGUCGACUUCAAAUACUUUGUUUCUUGUUAAUAAGCCAGCAUUAUACAAGAUUAAGAAUACCAACAGCUAUCUUCUAUUUGGAGAUCCAGUUGACUAUACAACUGUAUUGAAACAGCUGCAAGAAUCCUCUAAAGAUCCCGAAACAUUGAAAAGGAUGAUGGAAGGAGAGUCUAAGGUAGAGGAAGCAGAGAUUAAUGGUGAAGCUAAUGCUAAGAACGAUGUAGAGGAAAUAUCUAAGAAGGUUGAGGAUGUCAAAAUUGACUCAUUUGAGUUUAAAGAAGAUGAUAUUACAUUGAUAAUGAGUGAAAGCAACAUUUCAAGAGAAGAGGCCAUAAAAGCGCUUUCAAAUGCUAACAAUGAUGUAAUACAAGCCUUGGUUAAUCUAAAUAAGCAAUAA